GGAGGGUCAGUACAGUGCAGUCGGAAGUCAGUGCUCUCAUUAUAACGCUCCUCUGGUUAAAGAUAAAUAUUCUUGACAUUCCAGGAGCACUGGUUGGCAAUAGAGUGCGAUGUCCUUUCCAUGGCGCUUGUUUCAAUAUUAAAACUGGAGAUAUUGAGGAGUAUCCAGGCCUGGACUCUCUGCCUUGCCACAGGGUGAAAUUCGCCUCAAUUUUUAAUCCACCUUGAUUGCUUUUCAACAUGUUACAGUAUUUAAAGUAGCAUUUGGUGUGUAGGAACAAAUGGUCCCACUUUUGUGUUUUUGUUUGUUCGUUGUUUUGGUCCUCAGUCUUUGAAAUGUCAUUUAGCACAACUUCCAUUUAAUGUGAAACUACAAACUCUAUCUGCAAUUAAUUAAUCACUGUUCAGAAACCCCAUUAGGUACACAUGCAUUGUCUAAUUAGAUCUAAUAGAGAUGUAUCAACAAAUAUAUCUUUGUUUUUACACUGUCAGAGAGAUGUUAAUCUAGCAAUAUUCUGUAUUAUUGUGGUUGUAGUUUGCAGUGAUGUAUGACUGUGCUGCAUCAUACGGAGAUGUGUUUCUAAUAUUUUGACCCUUCGUGUAAUUAAAAUAUUAAAAUAUUGGAUCUUAUUAGUAUGCGCAGUCUUCCGAAUGUAGUGGCUAGUGAAUGCAUUUUUAACUUUCUCAACAGGUUUUCAUCUUGUAAUGUAUACUGACUAGAGAGGUGAUCAAAUAGAUGUACAGUAAAUGAUGUGUUUAAUGGUAACACACAUCCUCUCGUUAUGUUAUGUGUUGUUUCCAAUAUGGAGGUUGAAAAGUUUUUAUACCUGCUGUUGUAUUUGAGGGUGUUACUUCUCCCUCUUCCUCAAAGUGUAUUAACCAUUUUGACACAGGUGAACAUUCGAGAUGGAAAGGUGUAUGUUUCCAUCAAGAAAAAGACUCUUAAGCAGACCAGACGGGUAAAGGAAAUGUGUAGUGUUUUACCAAACAUCACACAUACCAUCCUGCUCGUAGGAGGAGGCCCUGCUGCCUUGGUGUGUGCUGAGACUCUGCGUCAGAACUGCUACCAGGGCCGAAUCGUCAUGGUAACCAAAGACUCUCUGCCUCCUUUCGACAAGCCCAAACUGAGUAAGGCUAUGAAUGUGGACAGAAGCAGCAUCGUCCUCCGCUCUAGUGAAUUUUUUCAACAAUAUGGCAUAGAAGUACGGACGGAGAAAGAGGCGGUGACUGUAAGCACGCGAGAUAAAGCGGUGACGAUGAAGGAUGGCGGGGUUCUACGUUACGACCAGCUUCUUAUCUCAACAGGCUGCAGAGCGAAGCCACUAAGUUGUCCCGGUAGUGACCUGACAGGAGUGAAGUUACUGCAGAGGUACGAAGAUGCCAAAGACAUUGACGCGUCCUGCUUGGGCCGCAAGGCCGUUGUCGUUGGAACCUCCUUCAUAGGUAUGGAGGUGGCAUCCUAUCUAGUCAAAAAAGCUUCUAGUGUUUCCAUUGUUGGAACCACCAAAUACCCAUAUGAACGCUCUCUGGGGUCCGAGAUUGGCAACAUGACCAUGCAAAUGUUGGAGGAACAUAAUGUGAAGUUCUACAUGAAUGACGGCAUCGCUGAGAUCAGAGGAGAGAACGGCUCGGUGAAGGAGGUCUUGCUGAAGAGUGGCACACUUCUGGAGGCUGAGGUGGUGAUUGCAGGAAUAGGUGUGAUCCCCAAUUCUGACUUCCUAGCAGGAAGUGAAGUUGAAAUAGAUUCCAAGAAAGCAGUAGUUGUUGACAAGUUCAUGAGGACUAACGUAGCAGAUGUGUUUAGUGCGGGGGACGUCACCUCCUUCCCUUUGACCAGUCGAGGUGAUCAACUGGUCAACGUGGGUCACUGGCAAAUGUCACAAGCUCAAGGAAGAGUUGCUGCCCUCAAUAUGCUAAAUAUACCUACCAAAAUUGAGUCUGUUCCUUUCUUCUGGACUGUGUUGCUUGGAAAGAGUAUCAGAUACACCGGGUAUGGGGAGGGCUACACAGAACUCGUAUUCAAAGGAAAAGUGGAGGAAAGAAAGUUCCUGGCAUUUUAUAUUAAAGACGACACAGUGGUGGCGGCGGCCAGCCUCAUGUUUGAUCCCGCUGUGGCUCAGCUGGCGGAACUGAUGGCAGCAGGCCAGCGGAUUGCAAAAGCGCAGACUCAAGCUGAAGACCUGAGUUGGCUCCAGAUGUAAGGUAUCUGACUUGCAACUCAUUGACGAAGGACACAAGUCGCCUUCUGUCUUGCUGUCAUCCCCUCACCGCCUCAGGCAUUCUGAAAGCUCGUCAAUGUCUGCCCUGCUCUUACUUGACUCUCCGAAUUGUUACCAUGAAACCAGCAACGUCAGAAUGAAUCGACACGUUGUGCAUGCUCCCCAUCAAUCUUGUUCAUCAUUCAGGCGAAUGAUAUACACUGCCACUUCAUUCAUAUCAUAUAAGCUACUAAACGCUUUCAGAAGAUGCAUCAAUUCCAGGCAUAAUAACCUUGUUUACAUUUGUUGUGGCUCAGAGUAAAUUGUCAAUUGUUUUACUGAUUUACUUGAAAAUAAAAUGUAAUUAAUACUCAGGUAGAAAACCAGUCCCAUCCAUCCAUCCAUCAAUUUUCUGAGCCGCUUCUCCUCAGUAGGGUCGUGGGCGUGCUGGAGCCGAUCCCACCUAUCAUCGGGCAGGAGUACACCCUGAACUGGUUGCCAGCCAAUCGCAGGGCACAUGCAAACAAACAACCAUUCGCACUCACAUUCACACCUACGGGCAAUUUAGAGUCUCCAAUUCAUGCAUGUUUUUGGGAUGUGGGAGGAAACCGGAGUGCCCGGAGAAAACCCACGCAGGCACGGGGAGAACAUGCAAACUCCACACAGGCGGGGCCGGGGGUUGAACCCCGGUCCUCAGAACUGUGAGGCUGGUGGUCUAACCAGUCGUCCACCGUGCCACCAAAACCAGUCCCAUACUGCAGUAAUAUAAAAUGUGUGCUCUGAGAUGAAUGAUGUAUGAUGAUUGUUUACGCGGGAUAAGCUUUAGUUCCUCUUUUGUGUCAGUUUUUGUAUAAUUCACUGUCCACGUUUGUUUUAUCAUCUUUCUAUGUUCUCGUAUGCAUCUUUAUAUCUAAAUUUUUUUAAACUGCCUAUCAUGCGUAUUUUUUUAAUACCAUCAGGUCUUUAAUAGUAAUUCAUUUAUUUGCAAUGUCAUUGUAUGGUUGAAUUUACAAAUUGUAAAGCUUUGCUAUGCUAUAAAUAGUAAUCCUUCCCAAAUUAAAAUAACAAACCAAUAGCUGAUGUUUUUUUCCCAUGUAGUUACAGGCACAUUGUUUCUUUACACAUACUGUACUUAAUCAUGGUGGUGAGCAUAAAAAAAAUUGCUUUUA